UGUACCCUUCCAAUCUUGACACCCAGGCUUGGACUAUAAAACGACGACCCUUUCAGUGUCCAUCUAGAGUAAAGCUGACGCCUUGACUUUCUCUACUCCUUUCCGCGUUGAAGACAUGCCAAUUAUUCGAGGUACCCAGGCACUGAGGGAAAUUGCUGAAAAAGUGGUCCUGCUCACCAAAGACCUGGUCCGAGCACGCGAUUCUGAAGGGAAUCUGCAAUACUGGUGGGAGUUUAGGUCGCUUAAAUGGGAGACAGACUACCCGGAGGCGGCUUUAUUCUGUCGACGCUACUACGAAGAUGAUCACUCAAUUAUCUGCAAUUACUAUCGAAAAGAGCAUGGAAUUUCUCUGCGUUUGACCAAUAUGAAGUUAAUUUACAGCGCUCGAGGAUUCAAACCAGGGGAAAACCAAGUGCUCGUUGCCAAGGUUAUUCCCCAUCCAUCUGCCAAGGGGCAAGUUGUUGGUGGUAUAGAACCCCCCCAGCAAGCAGCUGGCGGUGAGGCAAUCCCUGGGCAAGUUGUUGAUGGUGAAGAAAUAUCUCUCCACAAAAAGCUGACCGAGCCGCUCGAGGCCGCAAUCUGUCGGAUCUCGGACGUCGGCCUCAAUCCUCGUUUCGAGCCUUUUGACUUGCAGCCGGGUGAUACUCUGGCCAUGUAUGGACCUGAGCGUGUGAUCAUGAAGAAGGGUAUUAUAGGUGCGAUGUGCUUCGAGUAUGAGGUGGAUUCAGAUACAACGUCGUUGCCUUCGACCGCUUAAUGGGCCUGCAGAGCGUGCAGGCGCUUGAAGACGGCGUGGAACCACCAUUGUCGGCUCAUCCUAUCAUAGAGAUUCGAAGCUGUCUGGAAGCGGCAAUGAAUAACCACUGAAGUUCAAGUCUUCCGAAUAGUCGAUCCAGGCAUCCCAACGAGAAAUGAUGUAUGUGGAAUCGGCAUCUCCAUUCUCAUCGUGCCGUUCCCAGAGUUGAUCUUGCCCUGGCGGGUCAAAAUCGACCUCAUUUGGUAGCUCGGGUAGGGUAGUGUUGUCGACUGCAUAUCGGCCGGAAGGGACACUGGACGAUCCUCCAUUGUCAUUUUGAAGCAGAGACAUGUCCAAGCUUCUGUGUUCAUGUUCAAAGUCCC